AUGUUGAUCGCCGCCCGGCGGAACCCGCUGCCCCGGUCGUUCCCGUGGAUCGCGUUGCCCGACCGGACCUUCUACAGCCUGCCCAGCUCCACCUUCCGGCGGCUGCCGCUCCAUCUCGACCGCCACCGGCAGCUGCCGAAUGCCCAGAGCUCCUGCGGCGAGUGGCUCGUCUUCCAGCGCCAGGACGGCGCCUACACGCUGGUGAGCCCUUUCUCCGCGGGCACCACCAUGGUGCUCCCCAGGCUGCCCGCCGACCCACCGGUCACCCGUGAGAUGCCACGGUCGAUACGGAAGCUCGUCGUGUGCUCGCCUACCCUCGUUGCUGCGGUCACCCGCACGAUCCCGAGCGACCUGCUGCUCUGCCGGCCGGGGUCAGCCUCGUGGUCACCGUGCCGCCACGAGAGGUUGCACAGAUGCGGAAUCCGAGACAUGGUUUCCUACCAAGGAAAGCUCCACGCUCUCGGAAUGCUCCUCUCCAUCUCCAUCGCCGAGGACAACAUCCACGCCGGCGGCGAGCCCACCGUGCCCACCACGGUCGACACCGUCACCGUGAUGCCCCGCCAUCACUGCACCGGUGCGCCACACUACCUGGUGGAAUCCAAUGGCGAAUUGCUCAUGGUCCGCAUAGGGAAACCCCGCAUGCCAGGGGAUACUCCAAUUCCAAAGACAAGGAACCUCGCCGCAUCGCCUACACCGACGAACAGAUACAGCUGCGGACCACGUUCGAGGUGUUCACGACGGUCAUGGGGUGCUGGAGCUGGAGGAGGAGGCCGAGCAUCGGCGACAACCGGGCGCUGUUCGUCGGGCGAUGGUGCGCCAUGGCUACCGCUCCCUGCAAUGGCGGACGGUGCAGUUCUACUGCUGCGUCUACAACAUGAAGGCGCGCCGUUCGCAGCUGGUCCUCAGGACGCCAGUACGGCCAGUGGUCACCUUUGGGGGUACGUGGCUGUUCCUUCCCUCCGGCCCGCCGGCAUGAGUGAGCAUCGCAUCGCUUCGCUGAUCAGAUCGGUUCUAGGGAGUAAUUUUCCCCAGAUUGGAUAUUGAAUAUUUAGCCUGUUUAGUUUCUUUUUAUUACUUUUUUGUAUUUAAUGAUUUGAUCUAAUGUGGCUGUUUUGUUACAGUCGAACUGACAACGCCUUCUGUGUGAUUUGGUUUUAGUAGAGUAAUUUUGAGAUUAGUGAAUAAGGGUGUUCUUUUACCAUUCUUGAGAUACUAAAAAA